GUCAACGACAUCAACGACACUCAAGACGACAACGGCGCUUUCGCUGUUCAAAACGUCCUACGACUGGACAGGUCGCUAUGACCGGGGGCAGCUUCACCUCGCUUGGCACAAAUGAAGCCAAUGCUGGCAGACUCACCGGACACGCCUACAUUUACGGUCCUAAACACCUUCACUUACCCAUCCUCACCAUCGGCUUUCUAGGCAUUCAGCUUUUCUGGUCUGUAGAACAAUCUUAUGGGUCGCCAUAUCUGCUCUCUCUUGGUCUUUCAAAGUCCGCCAUGGCCAUGGUCUUUGUAGCGGGACCUCUGUCUGGCUUGAUCGUGCAGCCAUUAAUUGGUGUCCUCGCUGACGGGUGCACGUCGAGGUGGGGAAGACGACGACCAUAUAUGAUGGGGGGCGUGCUGAUAUGCAUUUCUGCGAUGCUUUUAUUGGGAUGGACGAAACAGGUCGGGGCCUGGUUCACGUCAAAGCAAUCUUUGGUAGUGUGGCUAGGUGUUCUUUCGAUAUACUUUAUCGAUUUCAGUAUCAAUGCAGUCAUGGCCGUGGACCGUGCCCUUCUCGUUGACACUUUGCCAGCCUCACAGCAACCAGCCGCAAAUGCGUGGGCGGCGGCAAUGUUCAGCCUAGGAAGUGUCAUUGGCUUUUUCUUUGGUAACCUGGACCUUCCCUCCCUUCUGCCGUUUCUUGGUCAUUCCGAACUUGAGGUUUUCAGUAUCAUCGUCUGCCUCAUUCUACUUGCCGGGCACACUUCGAUGGCCCUUUUGGUUAAGGAAAGAGUUCUCCUCCCAACAGCACCGGGUCCCAAAGGCCCGCUCAUCCGAACAUUCAUCCAGCAAUUCAAGAUAAUAUUUACCAAUAUUCGGACGUUGCCUAGAGUAAUUAAACAAAUCUGCAUAAUACAAUUCUUCACCUGGAUUUCUUGGUUUCCGCUGCUCUUCUAUACCACACUCUACAUCGGUGACCUUCACAAACGGGAAUAUUAUACUUCUCUACUCCUCACGGAGUCUAUCGGCCCUUCAACUUUGGGUUUAAUCAACUCUACAGUCAUUUCAGAGCAGGACAACGCAGAUACGCUGGAGGCAGAGUCUACGCGUCUAGGGUCUCGAGCUCUUUUCUUUUCCUCAAUAUUAGCUCUCUCAGUGAAUGUUCUUCUCCCUUUUUUUGUCGUCAAAACGCGUCGCAAACCUGCCCGUCAUCUUAAUGCCGGAUACGAUAACCCUCGGGCGCUGAAUGAAACGGAUGGGUAUACGCCAAAUCAUACUGCGGCAGGGAGGUUGUCGGCGUCCUGGAGUAUUCCCGACACGAUCAAGGUGCAUCUUGCGAGCCUGUGGGCUGUAAGUCACGCGGUGUUUGCUGGAUGCAUGUUGGGAACUUUCUUUAUAUCCUCAGUCAAGGGCGCAACCUUUCUGAUAACCGUGACGGGGUUCUCAUGGGCCAUCGUUCAAUGGGCCCCAUUUGCAUUGUUAGGUGAAGCUAUAUUGACGGAACCAACAUCUGGUGCCGGUGACGCGGGUGCUAUAAUGCUCACGGACACGAGGUCUUUCGAUGCAGGGGUGGAAGAGGUCGUGUUUGAGGAUCCAGAACAAGAUUCCGACUCUGAUGCCGAAGCGGACCGCAAAGAUCGAGAAUCAUCAAGAGCAAGGCUGAUGCGCAAUCCUGAUGCUGGAGUCAGUAGGGUGGAUAUCUCUGGCAAUCGUGCUGACUUGGAUGAAGAGGACGAAGAAGAGGGUGAGGAUGCCGUGUUAGUCGGACGGCGACGACCGGAUCUUGAGAUUGGAGAAACAGGAGAAGGGGCAACUACCGAGGACCUAAGCGCAAAAGCGGGCAUCAUCCUGGGCAUUCAUAACAUAUUUGUUGUGAUUCCGCAGUUCCUUGUAACGGGCGUCUCGUCCAUUAUUUUCGCUGUCUUCGAUAAAGAUACUAGAGUAGCUGGUGACGCCAGCCCCGCAAAGAACGGAGCCGAGGCUGCCAGUAUCACGAACGCAGCUGAAGGGUCAAAUUCGGUGGUGUAUGUGUUCCGGAUCGGCGGCAUAGCAGCACUGAUUGCCUUUGUGUUGAGUUGGCGACUUGCAAAGGAACUCAGACACCGUUGAUAUCUUCCAAAAGAGUUCCUCCGUGUUUCAAGAGAGCUAUCUGCAGAGAUAUCGUGUAACUUAUUUUAUUUCUGGGCACUACAAGUAAAUAACACACUCUGUAAGGUAAUCAUUGUUAUUUCUUCAAGUUAGGUCUUCAAUGCCGUCUCAAAACACUGUCCCGUCACUCUCGAUGUCAAGUGGUGGACCUCCGGUUUCGGGACGCUUUUGUUUCGCUAUCUCUCGCCCACCCUUCCAAGUCGCACCCUCCAGGACCUGGGCCAGAUUAAGUUGAUCAGGCGUGAGACCCAA